GUAAAAUUUUUUCAAUUAUAGGUUUGGAGCUGGUCAGCCCAGUGGUUUAGGACAUGGUUAUAUUCCACGUCGUCCUCCUUUGACAAGAAUUCGGAGACCAGGUCCAAUGUUUACACAAUUGACAAAGAAGAAACAGAACAAGAAGAACAAAUUAACAAAGGAUAAACUUCAGGACAGUAAUGCGGAUAUUGAUGGGUUUAUCAAGACCGGAUGUAAUUCGGACAGCUCCCCGGUGCCGGGAGGUGCGUCGGUGCCCUCGGACGGCGUGGGUGACGGCGCAGAGAGCGGAAGCGCGUCCGAGGCCGACGGGUUUGCCAGUGCCAAAGAUGGUGGCGUCGGAGCGGAGAAGUCGAGUCCGGCCGAGCGGGAGCGCCCUUCGGCGGCGUCGCGGGAGGAGCGCCUGCCCUAGAGCCGGAGGGGCCCGGCCCGGCCCCGGGACGACCGACUUCGCGGCCAAUUUUCGAGAAAGAAGAAAUAUUUUACCACCGUCGGCUGUUUGGCCCGGGCGGAUCCCUCCCACUCAGGACUGGUUUCUACGGAGGAUCCUCCGACACGAACUGUUUUCUACGAUCCCCCGUGCCAAAGAGCCCUUCGAAUUUUUUACCGAUGGCAAAAUGAUAUUUUUCUAUUGUUUGUUAUUUUUGUUACAGCUGUUUAUCGGUAUCGGCUGUUGUUGACACGUCGAGUUUUUCGAGGCUGGACACGCGCUCUCCCGUUAUUAUUGCGGUGUAUUAUUAGUCGAGAUCGCUGCCCGGCGGGUUUUUAGCGUUUGGGGAUCGAACGUCGGGCUCUUUUGCGGAGAAGCCACGUCGGAUUUUUUAUUCCCAGCCUCAAAAAAUUCUCCACGCAAAUAGAAUCUUAUCGAGUCAUUCCUACGGGUGGCGCCCUCUCCACUUUCGGCGCCGCCCGAACCGUUGGAAUGUCUGUUCGUCGGUGGCUCGGUGAAAAUUCAACUGGCUGCGAAAACAAAUAUUUAUAGAUCGGUUAUUAUCGACGAAAAGUUUUUAUUCCUCCGAGAUUAAAGGACGUUGUUGGGAGGAAGUUCGAUAUUUAAUAACUCGAUAGUCUCUUCCGACGAAUCGAAUCGUUUUGAUAAAAGAAAUUUUAAUAAUAAACUCGUUUUUCUUAAGUUUUAUAUCGACGAUAGGUUUAUUCCUUUAUCCGAUUGUUAUAGAUCUAUUCCGUACGUGUGCGAAAACGAACGUGUUAGCUCGGUGCAACGACCACCCAAUCCAAUGCGUCGUAUAUACAGAUCGUACUCGUUCGAAAUAUAUAUAUACAGUAUAUAUAUAUAUGUGUAUGUAUAUAUACACACACACACACAGACAUACACACACACGGGCAUAUACAUAUAUAUAUAUAUAUAUAUAGGUAACAUUUCUCCCCCAGUGGGAAGAAGAUAACGAAAAAUAAAAACCGAGCGUUGGUCUUAAUAAAAGCAUUAUUUAUCGAGCCGGCGUACCGAAUAAUUUGAAAAAAAAACGCUCGGUGGCAACCUUUACCCGAUCGAGUUUAAAAAUUAAAAAUUGCCAAGAAAACUUUCAAAAAUAAAAGCCCGGGCGAGUGGGACGGAGGAGGGAAGCGGCCGACUUGGGCUAAUUAUCCGUAGGCGGGCGGGGCUUAAUUCGAGGGGAGGCCGACGCCGGAAAAGUCGGAAACCGGCGUGGCGUCGGUCGUUCUCCGGCCACAAACAAGACGAAAGAGCGUUGGCAUUAUUAGCGUAGAAACGGCAUUUUGCGCACGCCCGUUCCAUCGACCGUCGAACCUUAGAAAUUAUCGGGCCGCGGAAUUAACCGAGCUACGCAUCUAAAAUUAAAUAAAUAAAGAAAAAAGGGCCCGCGGCACAGAAAUGAUUUCUCUUCUCUUAGUUCCGUCUUCGUAUAUUUAUUAGCGGUAGAUAUCUUUCUUGUGUUAGUGUGACCAAUUGCAUCCGAAACGUAAACGUUAAUCCUACGGAAUCGCCGUUUCCCGGCGGGAACUGUCGGUUCCUCCUUAAAGUAAAUGUUUGAAUUUUUUUCCGCGAAAAAACCAAAAAUACAUAAACGAGGUAGGAGGCGGGGGAGGCCGCGGCCCGGGCGCCCGGAGCGAGAGGAGGGAGCGGGAGCCCGGGGCGCGGAGGGCGGGGACUGCCGGUCCGGGGGACGGGGAGGCAUCCGGUUUCUCGGUCUGUGUAGAUUUCGAUCCGAGCCGUCGGCCACUCUCGUCCUCGUUUUUCCCGGCGCGGCGUCUGGCGCUUGCCGCGCGUCGCACCGCGGCGUUGCGGGCGCCGGGAGCGGGUGGCGCGAAUGGGAAAGUAGACGGGGCACGCCUCUACAUUAUAUAUAUAUAUAUCAGAAAUUUUCACCUCGUAUUUUGUGCACUUAGAUUAAAGGGAAACGUCAGAAAGUAUAUAUAUAUGUACGACUACGAUAUAUAUACGUAAAUAAUUGUUUUACAUGCAUUUAAAAAGCGGCAAUCUGUCUAUUAAUAUUUGUUGGAAAAAAAAAA